GCAGACGGCGGCACGUCUUCCCAAAGCCCUUCUCUCCCAGGAGCCAUCAGGUCACCACUAGCACAAAAAACCCCAGAUGCCUCUCCUUUAUCACCAGCGCCUAGGAUGAAAGGGUCAGGCUCUGCCUCCACCGUCAUCUCGACACUCUCAUGCGAAGGGACGACUUCCAUCGCCUCCUCAUCCACCUCUUCGCCCUCGCUGCUCACUAUCUUGACAACCUCUGCCGCUUCAGGAUCAGGAGAUGGCGAUCGCGGGCGGCUGUGCUCGCCGAGGCAUGGGGAGGGCUGGAGCAGGUAGGCGAAGGAGGGCAGGCUCUCCUCGUCGCUGCUCUCAGGGCCGGACUCGCUCUCCGCCAUCUCCCCCGUCCCCUCGGGGCCCCGCGCCCGCCUGAGGGCAAAGCCCGCGCCGGCCGCUGGUUGGGCCGGAGGCGCGCGCAGCGGGCGGUGAUUGGCCCGAGCGCUGGCGGCCGCGCGCGCUCGGACCAAUCGGCGCGCAGCGGGGAGAGGCGGGGCAGCGGAGCGGGCAAGAUGGCGGCGCUGGGGCGGCUGUUUCUAACCACUCCUCAUACAAGCCUGGUUGCUGUCAGAUGGGCUUCUAAGAAAAGUGGGGGCAGCUCUAAAAACCUAGGAGGCCGCAGCCCGGGGAAACGCUAUGGGUUCAAAAAAGUCGAAGGUGCAUUUGUCCACGCAGGAAACAUUUUGGCCACGCAGCGGUUGAUCCGCUGGCAUCCCGGCGCUCACGUGGGGAUGGGUCGAAACAAGACACUCUAUGCCCUGGAGGAUGGGAUUGUGAGAUACACCAAAGAGGUCUACGUGCCCCCACCCCGCAGCAGCGAGAGCAGGGAUGUGAUCUGCCAGCUGCCCAAAGGAGCGGUCCUUUAUAAAACUUUUAUCAGUGUUGUCCCUACCACAGAGGUAGGAAGCUUCAGACUCGUCACCAUGCUGUGAACCUGCUGUGUCAUGUGGGCACAGAUGGAAAGGACAGACCACUACAGCUAUACUGGCAUCUGAGGACAAGGCUGGCUCUGAAGAUACCGUUUCAGGACUUGGUUUUGUUCCUGAAGUGCUUGUGAUCUGUGUUCAGGCACUGAGAUCACCUGCUGGCAUUUUUAAGAGUGUUUAAUAAAUGCUGUGGGGCAACUGAA